UUUAACAUAAUUCAUGUACGAGAUUUAGAACGGAAAAUCUUAGUUAGAAAAUUUGUCGAGUUCUUCGCUUAUGACUGUACUUGUGUACAACUGUGAAUUGGUGCGAUGAAAAUGUAAAAUUGUACUUGAGGAAUUUUCAGUUUUGUAUAAAAAUAUAAAACGAAGGUAAAUGUGAAAUACUACUUCACUAAUUAUUCGACUUUCAUAUGUUGCAAAUUUUGUAUGAAAGGUUUAUUUAAAAAUAUCUUAUGUAAGAAUAUCUCAAUGUAAUAAUAUAAAUUAUAUUUAAAAGAACGUAAGAAGCCUGAUGAUAAAGAAAUUUAAGUUUGGUUAUUAAAUUCUUUGUUACAAAGUUUAAAUCCUAAAUUAUCGAUGGACUUAUAUUUUUGUUUUUACAGUUUUUAUUAACAUUGAACAACUUACAAAGAAUGAGUGAUUUGAAUAUUAUGAAUACAAAUAUCGCUAUAUUAAAAAAUAUAUUAAAUAUUAAGAACUUUUUAAUAUUUUUAUUGUAUAAUAUUGUACAUAACAAUAACAUAAUAAUAAAAUUAGAAUAUUCUUUUUGUAGAAAUCUAAUUUCUUAUAGAAGAGCUAAAAUGGGUGUCCCUACAGCCAAAAAUCCUGAAGCUAUGGAUGUUGAAAUAAUCUUCGAGGGCCAGAAUGGUGAUGGAGAUGUUUGCGACAAAAAAGAUACUGAUCUUCAAACAAUAUGUGAUAUACGCGAGCAUGCUCGUCAAAUAGAGAAAGCCGUACAGAGCAAAGAGCCUCGUUUUAUUUUGAGAGCUCUACGCACAUUGCCUAACACACGUCGUAGAUUAAACUCAAAUGUUCUGCGUGGAGUAAUUCUAAGUUUUUAUCCUAAACCAUGUACUGAACGUGACGCACUAUUAUCAUGGUUAGAAGAAUCUGCUGAAUUUGAAGAAACACAGAAACUUCGUACUUCUACUAUGACUCCAUUGCCUGAAAUUGAUGCUUAUAUUCAUUUACUGGUGCUUGUACGUUUAAUUGAUGCCGGAAAACAUGAAGAAGCUGUUCAAUGCUCGGAAGCAUUAUUACAAAAAAUAAUUGCACAGAACAGACGUACAAUUGAUUUGAUUGCUGCUAAAUGUUAUUUCUAUUAUUCAAGAGCAUAUGAACUAAUUGGCAGAUUAGAUAAAAUUCGAGGAUUACUGCAUUUGAGAUUAAGAACAGCAACGCUUAGAAAUGAUUUUGAAGGCCAAGCUGUAUUAAUUAAUUGUUUGCUGCGAAAUUAUUUACAUUACAAUUUAUAUGAUCAAGCAGAUAAACUUGUAUUGAAGUCAACUUUCCCAGAAUCUGCCAGCAAUAACGAAUGGGCUAGAUUUUUAUAUUAUUUGGGACGAAUUAAAGCUGCUAGAUUAGAAUAUUCUGCUGCGCAUAAGUAUCUAGUACAGGCUCUUAGAAAAGCACCACAAAGUACCGCGGUAGGUUUUCGUCAAACAGUUCAGAAGCUAGCUGUAACUGUUGAGCUUUUACUUGGAGAUAUUCCAGAACGUCAGACUUUCAGACAAGCUGCUAUGCGUCGCGCAUUAGCUCCAUAUUUUCAGUUGACUCAAGCUGUGCGUUUAGGAAAUCUUCAACGUUUUGGAGAAGUUUUAGAAAACUUUGGCCCACAAUUUAGAGCGGAUCAUACAUUUACUUUAAUUCUCAGAUUGAGGCACAAUGUUAUUAAAACGGCAAUUAGAUCAAUUGGACUAUCCUACUCCAGAAUUUCUCCUGCAGACAUUGCAAAGAAACUUGGCUUGGAUUCUAGUGUUGAUGCAGAAUUUAUUGUUGCUAAAGCUAUUAGAGAUGGUGUAAUUGAAGCUACCUUAGAACCAGAAAACGGAUACAUGCGAAGCAAAGAAACAACAGAUAUUUAUUGCACUAAAGAACCGUUACUCGCGUUUCAUCAAAGAAUUACUUUCUGUUUAGACUUACACAAUCAAAGUGUUAAAGCUAUGAGAUAUCCUCCAAAAUCAUACGGUAAAGAUCUUGAAUCGGCUGAAGAACGUAGAGAAAGAGAACAGCAAGAUUUAGAGCUUGCAAAGGAAAUGGCAGAAGAAGAUGACGAUGGAUUUCCUUAAAUUAUUCAGUUUUUUAAUAUAUUUAAGUAAUAAAAGAUUUAUCAUGAAAAACUUUUCAUGUAUCGCUUUCUUACAUUUAAAAUCAUGUAUACAAUAAAAAUUUUCUUUUCAUAUUGCAAAAUUUAAAAUUUUCAAUUUACGGAAAUUUUAUAAAAUCGUUGUACUUUUUCUAAGGACAAAUAAGCAAUGAAAGUAAAUUUCAAGAAUAUAAGAUUGUAAAUACAUUUAUUAAAUAUCUCAAAUUUAGUAAAAUAUAAAUUUAUUCCUAUCGUAAUAUCAGUUAAAUAUUAUAUACUAAAAUAAAUACUAAGUAAUAUUAAAUAUUAUAUAAUAUUUU